AUUCGUUUCAUUAUUCUAUCUCUUCAUUUUUCACCAUCAGUAUUUUUAGCUCACAGGAAGCUAAAAGUAGAUCUCAUUAUCAGUCUCACAACAGUUUCUUGUAUCAUUAUCUUGGGUGCCUUAGUCUAUGGUUUAUGCUGGCAGAGAUCAAAAACAAUUGGUAAAAAAGACAGAACCUUGAACAAUUUUGCUCCAGAUGCUAGAAGGGAGAGUCCUUGGGACACUUUGCUGGAAUCUAUGUUGAGAAGCAUUGUUAGAAAAGGUGAGCCACAGGAGCUACCUUUGUUUGAUUUUUAUAUCAUAGCAGUUGCCACCAACAACUUCAGCAUGGCUAAUAAACUUGGGCAAGGAGGAUAUGGGCCAGUUUAUAAGACAGCACAGCUUGAUGGAUUGGGUGGGAUAUUUUCUGAGAAAUCAGAUGUCUUUAGCUUUGGAGUUUCGCUAUUAGAGAUUGUUAGUUCCAAGAAGGUUCCCAGGUUCCUCUAUGACGAUGAACAUCUAAGCCUUCUUUCCCAUGACCAUGCUGAAAAUAGGCCAACCAUGGCAGCUGUGAUUUCCAUGCUAAGCGGUAAAACAGAGCUUCUGCAACUAAAAGAACCCUUUUUUACAUUCCAUAAUCCAUCAAAAUUUGAUCAACCCAAAGACAACAAUCCAUGCCCCAUAUGUGAGAUUACUAUGUCAACUGCUGAAGGCCAAUAACUUCUGAUUAGUGAAACCCCACUCUUUUACUACUGUUAUAGUUAUUGAGAAUCAGCUGUUAGAUUUAAACAAAAAAAUUAAUUCCAAAAUAUAUGAAUUUGAAAAAUGUUGAAUUAGUCUGUUGCUAUUGUAUUGCUGCUGUUGCUGGCGCAAAUCAUCAUCAUUUGCUGGUUGUUAUUGGAUUCUAUGGCCUUUGAACUUGUACUACAUAAAUCCUAAUUGGUUGC